AUGAGGGUCGUGCUGUCGGUGUCUGACGCAGAGUUUAUCGAACAGAACGAAGAGGGUAGCGCUGUUUGUCGCCGAGUUGGGCGGCUCGAUCCAUGUCCAUCUUCUGUCGGUAUUUUUCCUGAACGACGUGUUGCCAGCGUACCUUGUUGCCGUCGUUUCCACCAUGGUCACCAGCCGACCUUCUUGCUCAUUUUGCCCUUUGGUACCGUUCCUACCAAACAAUUUUCACCUGUCCUUCCUUAUCCAAUUUUGGCUCUGAAUUCUCCCUUCAAGUUCUUUUUUCUCUUGGAAGCACAACGCGCCAAUCUUGGUGACUUCACCUGCACGAGACGAUUUUGGGAGACUGGCUUUUUUGCUGACUACAAUCCCGAUUCCUCCUACUUUCUUCGCGUCUAG